GUCGCAUAAAAUCUAGUUUAGCUGUAAAAGCAAAGAUCAUAAUUAAGAAGAUUGUGUCCCAACCGACAACCCAAACCAGACAGCCACCUCAUGCAUGCCCCGUUUAAAGGACUGUCCUCUUCCCAUCUCCAUUUCCCCAUUUCUUCUCCACCUUUUGAAUUCAAUCUCUCCAUUUUUCAUUUCCCAUCUUCCAUCUUUACCCCUCUUUCUAUACAGUAAAGGAUUGACAAUGCCCUUCCUUUUUGCCGCUCUUUUUCACCUACUAUGGCAUGCCCACCAAGUGACUGCAUCAAGUCCAGUGAACUCCACUCACAGAAGCCAACAAGCUUACUCUCAUUCCCUUCUUGCCAAUGGGGUUGCUCGUACCCCUCCAAUGGGGUGGAAUAGCUGGAAUCACUUUCAUUGUGAUAUAGAUGAGAAGACUAUAAAAAGUACUGCGGAUGCUAUUGUUUCAACUGGUUUGGCAAGACUCGGAUACAAGUAUGUAAAUCUCGAUGAUUGUUGGGCCGAGGGAGAAAGAGACAACGUGGGUAAUUUAAGGGCCAAAGCCUCCACAUUUCCUUCCGGCAUUAAAGCCCUUGCAGAUUAUGUUCAUUCCAAAGGCUUGAAACUUGGAAUAUAUGCUGAUGCGGGUAAAAGAACCUGCAGUAACAAAAUGCCGGGCUCACUCGGGCAUGAAUAUCAAGACGCAAAAAAUUUUGCUGAAUGGGGGGUCGAUUACUUAAAGUACGACAACUGUUAUAAUGACGGUUCGAAACCUCAAACGAGAUAUGCUGCGAUGAGUCGUGCAUUAAGAAAUGCUGGCAGGCUGAUCCUUUUCUCAUUAUGUGAAUGGGGACAAGAGGAUCCGGCAAAAUGGGCCAGUUCUUAUGGCCAUUCUUGGAGGACUACUGGGGAUAUCAACGAUACAUGGGCAAGUAUAACAUCAAUAGCAGAUUCGAACAACAUUUGGGGGAGAUAUGCUGGUCCUGGCAGGUGGAAUGAUCCCGACAUGCUGGAAGUGGGAAACGGAGGGAUGAACAUUGAGGAAUACCGGUCUCAUUUCAGUAUAUGGGCUCUUAUGAAGGCUCCUCUCCUAAUUGGAUGCGAUGUUCGAUCUGCGAGCAAAGAGACUCUAACCAUUCUUGGAAACAAGGAAGUGAUCGAUGUUAACCAAGACUCCCUAGGAGUUCAAGGGAGGAAAAUACGAUCCAAUGGAGGCCUAGAGGUUUGGGCAGGGCCUCUAUCAGGGAAAAGGGUGGUGGUGGUGUUUUGGAAUAGAAGCCAAGCUAGAGCAAUUAUAUCAGUUAAAUGGAGGGAAAUCGGCCUCUCCCCGUCCACUCUGGUCGCCGUUCGAGACUUAUGGAAACACUCAUUUGUUUCAAUGAAUAAGCGUUAUAGAAUGGGUGCAUAUGUUGCUGGACAUGCUUGCAAGAUGUAUAUUAUGAUACCAGUUAGAGGCUGAAGGAGAGAAGCUCUUAAAUACAUUAAGUUUCCUUUUUUCUUCAAAGCAUUUAAUCUCAGAAAAUAUCUUAAAUGUUCAAAGAUAUAUAUAUAUAUAUAUAUAUAUAUAUAUAUAAUUUCUUGAUGUAUCAUGAUUUUGGGGAUUGGGUCAUUGUUUCUUGCUUCAAAAUUGCAACUUUUGGCUUUGAAUCAUGUAAUUAUGUUUUGGUGUAA